AUGCCAAACCCCAAAUAUGCCACAUCCACUCCUGAGAAGAACAAACCAUUAUCUAAAAAACAUCCAUUAACACCAUCAGCCAAAGAGAGGGAACCGGCAAUGAAACAACGAGUACCUAAUGUAGAUAGAGUUGUGUCAUCCACAAGUCAGCCUUUGAUUGAUAAAGGUACAAACAACUUAUCAGGUUUUGAUAUCAAGCAGAGAAAAGCCUCACUAGUAUCCAUAGUGAAUGAAAAUUAUGAACUCAGUACGGAUGAGAACAGUAUUGUCACACAAGCUGAUAUGUUGCAGGCUCUUGGUCUAAAGUCAGAUGACAAAUCUAGGCUCACAAAAGCAGUUAUGGAGGUGUUUCCAGGUUGUAAAUUGUCAAGACGUCUCGUACAUUUAAGUGAUACAACUAGAGAAACCAUUUAUUCUAAAAUCAUUAGAAGGUAUUCUUUUCCAAAUAUGUUGUUUCCAGAAAACAGUGGUGUUGAUAACAUUAACAAGGCUAUAAGAAGGCUGCAAGAGGAACAGCAAACUGUCAGCAAUGAGAUGGAAAAUGAGAUGUCAAAGAAGGAAGACCAAUGGAAUACUGGUUAUCUACGAUUACUUUUUGAACGACAAAAGAACAUAAGUAAAGAUAUUAACAGAUUCACAGAAGGCUUAAUCAAUUUAUACGAAGGCGAAAUGGCAAAAUGGGUUGAAAGAGAUGAGUCACCGACACUUUCAAAAGCCAUUAAAGAUGAUAUUGCUGGUGAAGUUGAAAAAUUUAAGGAAAUGUUUAAUCUUGGUCUCACCACCUCGACAGAAAUUGAAAUCAAUGGAUCAUUAUUUUCUAAUUUAUCAACAAAGUUGACAGAACAAUGUCCUUUACUUUUUGAAAUAAUCGAAAGUCUUCUUUUGGUUUCGAGUGAUGGACAUACCCAAACUGGUAGGCGAGUCCAUAGUGCCAGCCAUGCAAUGGCAAUAUUGUGCAGCCUUAGCAGUCAAAAGUUGACCAAUGAUUUUAAAAUAUUGUUUACAUUGUUAUGUAUCUCUUAUGGUGCUGGGAUGAGGUUUGUGGAAUUGCUUAACCACGUUGGACUGACAAUUAGCUGGAAAAAAGCGAUGCAAGUUCUGGAUCAAAGAAUGAUCAAAAUGAAAGAAAAAAUUUUAAAACUUACACCAACUGACAUUGCCAUAAUUUUACUAAUGGACAAUAUCAACAUUUACAAGGGUAAACAAAAGCACUUACAGAUUUUUAAAGAAAUAACACCAUCCAUGUGGAAUUUUACAGGGAGAGCUAUCAUCAUUCAGUUUGUAUUGGACAAUGUUAAAAUGCAACUAAAAAGUAAGCGUGAUUCACUACAAAGCCAAAAAGAUGUUCUGAAAAUAUCUUCUGACAUUUUGUACGAUCCAAAAAAAAUGAUUCAGAUAAAGUAUUUGAGAACUAUAAAGAUAACUAUGUUUUGUCUGCUAUGGACAAGGUAUUAAACUUUUUGCCAAAUACAAACAAAAGCCUUGAAAAGAUGAACGAGGUGGAAUUCAAUAAAUGGUUGGUCAAUUCGGAUCUUACAAGGUUGAGAAAAAAGUAUAAAAUCAACGUGCUAGAGCCAGAUGAACUGUUGGACACCACGCAUAGCUUAAGAAAGACUGAGGCCUAUGUUUUACCAUUAUCACUUGAAGAUAAUAGUACAAUAUCAGGAACAGCUGCUAUCCUCAAGGAGUUUGAGAAUGAGUUUGAUCUACAUUCUGGAGGAACUAGUCCUGAGUUUAUACCUUUCAAUACCACCAAUUGUUCAUUUGAUGUUGAUCAAGCCCGAUCACGGUACGAACAUAUGAUAUCACAGGCAAAACAUGUUGCUGACAUGGCUGGUUAUGAAGCAACUUUGGCGAGUAAAGAAACGCAUCUGGAUGGUAUAAUGUCUGAUGAAACCCCAGUUUCUGACUCAAAUAUCAGAACAGGUGAAGAAGAAGACUCGGAUGGAUCUGAUGGUGAAACAGAAACUAUUGAAAACUCUGUUGCAAAUGACAGAUCCUGUACAUUAGACAGUGAAAGACGGAG